AUGUCGUUCUUCAACACUUUCAAAGGUUUUGGUAGAAGCAGUAAGAAAAACAAGAGUCAGAAUGGUGGUACGUCUUCCACGCCUGUGAACUCGGUGUACACCAACUCCCACAGCAGUAAUUCUAAGCUUUCAUUGCGUCAAAUGCAAAUGCAGGCCUCACCGGUCAGACAAUCUGGCAGUUCUCAUAACAGUGGUAAUCUUCCAAAUCAGGGUUUUCAGCAACAUAACAGCGCAACUACGUCCGGGGUAGUACGCGAAGCUCCAAAAACCCAGCAAGCCCUUUUUUUGAGUGAACCGUUCGUCAGAACGGCCCUUGUCAAGGGCUCUUUCAAAACGAUUGUACAACUACCGAAAUACGUAGAUCUGGGCGAGUGGGUAGCUUUAAAUGUUUUUGAAUCGUUCACCAACCUCAACCUCUUCUACGGCAUCGUGGCUGAAUACGUCACGGCAGACGCUUAUCCGACCAUGAAUGCUGGCCCGCAUACCGAUUAUAUGUGGCUGGACGCGAACAGUAGACAAGUGUCACUGCCGGCAGGCCAAUACAUUGACCUAGCUCUGGCCUGGAUCAACAAUAAAGUAUCAGAUCAAACCCUUUUUCCCACACAAAACGGCUUUUCUUUCCCCCCAAAUUUCGUCCAAGACAUUCAGAGAAUAAUGGUGCAAAUGUUCAGAAUCUUUGCACACAUGUAUCACCACCACUUCGACAAAAUCGUACAUCUGUCACUGGAGGCACAUUGGAAUUCGCUAUUUGCCCAUUUCGUGAGUUUUGCCAAGGAAUACAACCUAAUAGAUCGAAGAGACAUGAGCCCACUUGAGCCAUUGAUAGAGAAUCUCGAAAAACAGGGGAAAAUCAUAUGA